GAAAGUCAUUGACAAUGCUGGGGACAAGUCUAUGCAAGUGAAGUAUGACAUGUCCAUGAAGAACCAAAUGUAUGGGAGGAGUGGGGACUUCAUCAAGGGACGAGAACUAUUCGCAAUGGUCUUGAUUAGCUUCAAGUCACCUGACCAUACUGAAGUUCUCUACAACGCCCAUCAUUUAUACAUGUUCAACUACUAUGGAGAUGACCAACUUGAGGCCUUCUACAACAAGUGGCUUGAUAUCAUAUACAACAUGAAACAUGAUGAUCUGCCUUCUGCAAAUUCCCUGCGUGACACAUUGUUCCGGAAGAUUGAACAUUCAAAGCUUAUGUCUUUUGAUAUCAGCCGAUACCGUACCUAUGAUGAAGGGCAUCCUGAAAAGACCUAUGAAUUCCUGAUCGGUAUGAUCAAAGGCUACAUAGCACGAGGAAAGCAAGAACGACUGUUGAGGGAUAGAGAACGUGCAGUAAAACUGUCAUUGUCCUCCAACAAGACAACACCUGCUCCGGAAGAUGCAGACAAGCCUGCCGUUCCCAUCAAGACCAAGAAGGAGAACGAAGCAGCUGCAUCGUCUACAG